AUGGGCGAUAAUGAUGAUUAUUAUGAUGGUGACGGGAGAAUGGAUUCCUUGGGGGCGACACCCGAGGUCAUCUACAACUGGGUUGACAUAACAUCGGAUUUCUUCAAACAUAUCCAAGACCUUCAACUCGGAGAGUUGCUUCACGAUGGCCACUUAUUUGGUCUCUUUGAGGCCAUGUCGGCCAUCGAGAUGAUGGAUCCUAAAAUGGAUGCAGGCAUGCUCUGCAACCGUGGAAAUCCAAAACCACUGAAUUUUCAGCAAGCUGUGGCUGCUGGAAAACUGAAGAUAGAUGAUCUUGAGCCGCCUGAGCUCAUAGGCAUCAUUGAUGCCACAAUGGCUUGCAUAGUGUCGUGGCUGGAAGGUCACUCGCUAGCACAAACUGUAUUCACAAACCUCUACCUACAUCAACCUCACUCCAUUGUAAAUAAGACCUUAAAAGCAUAUUGCAUUGCUGUCUACAAACUGCUGGACUGUAUCAGAGAUUGUAUUAACAAGGCUCAGGUAUUUGAAGAGGAGGACUUCCAACCAAUGGGCUAUGGUUAUCGUCUUGGCUCGAACCCGCAGUCAGGAAAUACGUAUGACGCUCGUCUUGAAGUGAGCGAGCAGAAGUGUGUACUCAUGCUAAGAGAACAGGAGGAAGAACUCAACAAGAAGGCUAGAAGUUGUGAUGAUGAGGAUAACUUAUGGGCAGCUCUUCAAGCCCGUAUUAGAUUUACUAGGAUGUUUUACCGAGCUCUCCUCAUGAUCACAAAGAGAGACUCCCAGUCUGGAGCAGAUUGUGUUGCUCUUCUGAAUGGCUGCUCCGAGAUGAUGAAAGUCAUUAUCAAGACCUCGGGGAAAGGAACACAACCUGUGGAGAAUUCCGAUUCACCAAACCCAAUGGGGUUCGAGCCGAUGAUCAACCAGCGCUUGUUACCGCCGACGUUCCCGCGCUACACUCGCAUCAAACCUCGGGCCGAGGCGCUGCAUUACUUCGACGAGCUAGUGGCCAGGCUGCGACACGCAUGGAAGAUCACGUCCUGCACCAACUUCCAUACCGCACUGGACUUCUUCAUGGAGUUCAGUAGGCAGCGUGCCUGCAUCCUGUCCCGGUCGGCUCUACAGUUGUUGUACCUCAGCCCGUCGCCUGCCAAUACAGCGUCCAUGGCUCAGAGCGCCAUGAAUGGACCCGUCGGGCAACCGAGACCGCAACACCCCUUUGUAGAGAUACUGAGGGAGUCCGUCAAGAACUUCGUCAACCCACCUGCGUUAACCCCCAAGUCGCCUAUGGUGUCUACGCCGCAAGCUCGUGAGUUCGUGGAGAACUUCCUGGCUCGUUGUGUACGUCCGUUCGCGGUGUUGCUGCAAGUAUGCGGACACAACCGCGCGCGACAGAGGGACAAACUCGCGUUGUUGUUAGACGAGUUCGCUGCACUGCAGGAAGAGGCGGAGAGCGUGGACGCGGUGGUGAGCGGCGCGGCGGGCACGGGGCCGCGCGCCUGCUUCGGGACCUGGCUCCUCUACCACGUCCUGCGCGUCAUGAUCGCGUACUUACUGUCCGGCCUCGAACUCGAGCUCUACAGCGUACACGAGUACCAUUAUAUUUUCUGGUAUUUGUACGAGUUCUUGUACGGAUGGUUGGUGUCAGCUCUGGGUCGCGCGGAGAACCUCUCCGGCGACUCAGGACGACGCGACAGUCGCGAGUCUCGACGUAGGAAGACCAAGAAGCGGGUGCGGCCCUACGCCAGAGAGGGACUCCUUUGCAACGUCAUGCAGAACUUGUGCGGGGGAUAUUAUAAGGCUCUAGUCGCAUUCAAGCUACAAGGUAAGAUUCGCCAGCCGCAGUCGGAGUUCGACAACGAAGCAGUCCGCUACAAGCACCGCUUCGCUCCACUGUCAGUACUGACCCCGCCACAGGUGCACUAUCACGAGUUCUGCGAGAUGACUCAGCCUCUUCAAUAUGAAAACCCUGUAAUAUUGUAUCUCGGUGGCUGUAAGCACUUUCAGCAGGCCCGGUCCUUACUGGAAACCAUCACGACACCAGAUCAGGAGGUACAGGACCUGCUAAAGGUAGCAAAAACAAACUUUGUAGUAUUAAAAUUAUUGGCAGGAGGUCACAAACGAGACUCCACCGUACCACCGGAGUUCGACUUCUCAGUACACAGACAUUUUCCUAUCAUAAAGUUAGUGUAA